CACACACACACACACGCACACACGCACGGCGGUUGUUUGUUCGGUUCAUGUUUCUGUUGAUGAAUUUAAUCAUCAAGUUUUCGGCUAUAAAACCACAAAACUCUGAGCUGAAUACAUCAGAACGCCCCGGACACCUGAACUCAGAUCAGAUUAACCAGAACCUGAACCAGAACCUGAACCUGAACUGAUCCCAGACCAGCCAUGGACCGAGUCGUCCUCCUGUUGUCGGUGGUGUCUCUGGGCGUCUCCUCUCAGCCAAUCACAGACGGCCAGCGUCUGUUCUCCAUCGCCGUCAGCAGAGUUCAACACCUCCACCAGGUCGCCCAGAGACUCUUCUUUGAGUUCGAGAGCUCUCUGCAGACGGAGGAGCAGCGUCAACUCAACAAGAUCUUCCUGCAGGAUUACUGCAACUCUGAUAACAUCAUCAGCCCCAUCGACAAGCACGAGACACAACGCAGCUCCAUCCUGAAGCUGUUAUCUAUCUCCUAUCGAUUGGUCGAGUCUUGGGAGAUUCCCAGCCGUUCUCUGUCUGGAGGUUCGGCUCCCAGAAACCUGAUUUCCCCCAAAUUGACUCAACUGAAGGCGGGAAUCCUGCUGCUGAUCGAGGCCAAUCAGGACGGAGCAGAGCUCUUCCCUGAUAGCUCCGCCCUGCAGCUCGCUCCGUACGGAAACUACUAUCAGAGUCUGGGAGCCGACGAGUCGCUGAGACGAACCUACGAACUGUUGGCCUGUUUCAAGAAAGACAUGCACAAGGUGGAGACCUAUCUGACGGUGGCUAAAUGUCGACUCUCUCCAGAAGCCAACUGCACCCUGUAGCCCCGCCUCUCCACUGUGAAGCCCCGCCCCCCCGUGUGAUGAUGUAAUCCCGUGUGUUCUGUAGCCCCGCCUCCUGUUAUCGGACUCAGUUUACUAGCGUUAGCAUUAGCAUUAGUGUUAGCCUCUGUUCGGUGUCUCUGUGCUGAAGUCCAAACUGAUGAUGAAAUGUUUUCUGAUGUUAUUGCGAUGGCAGUUGUGUGAACAGGAAGUGAUGUCAUACUGUCUUCAUGUGAAAUAAAGUGUGCUGUGUUGCAUUCA